UCGUCCUCUCACUGCAAAAUCUUUCAAAAGUCCAAAUUUUGUUCAUCCCCAAAUAUGAAGACCAUUGCUCUUAACUCAAAUUCGAAGAUUCACUCAAGUUUUGGGUUCUAUUUCGUUAAUUUAUCCGUCAAAAAUCCCAAACGAGUGAAAUGCACAUAACGUGUUCGACAAAAUUCCCCAAUGCUCAAAAUUGGGUUUUCUUUUUCUUAUUUUUUUUACCAAGCUUUGUCACGUGGCUCUCACGUGAUAAGCUGUUAUAUUCGUUGAUGUCCCCGCUUCAACUCUGUUUCUUCUCGCAACACACAUAUCUCUCUGAAACAGAGAGAGAGAGAGAUCAAGAAAACGCAAGAACCUUGAAGAUCGUAGCUAUGAUGAACGCUACUACAUAUCUGAGAGAUGCUGAGAGCGUUGCGCUUCACAAAAAGGCUAAAGAUCUCUUAGCUAAUGGAGAUCACAUCAAGGCUUUGGAGAUAAUCCAAGAUAUGAUUGAGGACCACAAGGAAGACGAGGGCAUAUGGUUUCUUCAUGCGGAAGAAGGUUACAUGUUUAUGAAACUAUCGGAGAUAGCAGUGGACUAUGAAAUGGAUUUCACAAGCGUGUUGGCUUCUGUUGCAUGUUUUUCUGAACAUGAGAAGUUAUUAGGAGCUUUGGCACAUGCAAUCUACACUUUGGCACAGAUUAUGGGGUCAGUGAGGUAUUACAAGAAGUCUGUGAAGAUAGCUAAACAAACUUUAUCUGUUUCUAAGCAAAAGGAAGACUCGGCUUCUUCUUCUGGUGCUCAAAUGAGUUUGCAGUGGAAAAUGAAUCUGGCCAAAACGAAGGAAGACCUGGAGAAUUUAAUCGAAGAUUCUGAGUCCAAGAUCUCUGCUUCCAAGACUGGAAGACUGAAGGGUUUAAUAGGAAAAGAACGUGAGUCAGAAAAUUUGGAGUCAAAGAAUAGUCCAGAGCCGCCUCAGGACAGGUUUAAGGGAUUGAGGUCGUUUUGGUUAGGUUUGGAUGUUAAGGCCAAAAGGGAUUUUAUGAAAGUAAGCAUUGCAAAGCUUAGAAGUUUUGUCGAGGGAGUACAUGACGAAAAAGGACAAGAUACUCUAGAGAAACUUCUCGAUUCUGCCAAGGAAGACAGAAAAUGGACAUUCUGGAUAUGCCGAGAAAGAUGUUCGAAAAAGUUCUCUAGUGCUGAAGAAUGUAAGAAUCAUUUUGAACAAGAACAUGCUGCAGAUUUUGUACCUUCUAAGGAAAUGGAUAUGGUCAAGAGGAUAGGCAAAGACUGGGCUCGUAGGAUCUCGAUUGGAGGUUGGGAACCAGUGGAUACAGUAGCUGCCGUUGAAAUGAUCAAAAAUCGGCUUGCAGAUGUGAAAGCGUUUUCAUAUAAGAAUGGAUGGUCCAAAGAAUGGCCUUUAGCUGUGGAUGAAGAGCGCAGUAAGUUACUAAAGGAAAUCAAAAUUUCCCUUGUGAAGUUUUGUGAUCUAAAAAUUCUCCCUUGUAGUGUUCGAGACUGUGUGAUGCAGUAUCCUUUGAAGUAUCUUGGAAAACUUGAAGUUUCGAAACAGAGUCUUGUCGAUUCUCACCUAGUGGAAACACCUCAGAGUAUAUGUUUUCUGGACUGUCAUGAACUCAGUCAAAUCCUAAACUUUCUAAAACGCAUCAAAUGUGAAAGGGAAGAUGGUAUAGAUAUAGUUUGCAGAACAGUGAACAAUGCCUUGGGUUCUACUCAAGUUACAGAAAAGAUCGACUUUGACCCUGAGUUUUCAUUUCUGCUUCUGGACAGAAGACUGCUGAAUAGCAAUAAUCCUCCAUUCGAUGAUGACGGGACAAUCAAUGUUUUUGAUCCCAGUGUUCACUACGCCAAGGCACAUGCUCAAGGAGAUGAUAUCAUAUCAUGGUUAACUGACUACAAUACAGUAGAGAGGAUCUUUCCCAAACCUAUCAGGGAACAUAAUCUUGAUAUCUGGGUGGCUGUUCUGAGAGCUGUUCAGUUCACAUGUAAGACUUUGGGAACCAAAUAUGCAAAGAAAAUGCAGCUCUUCCAUUAUUAUGUAGCUCUUACUGUUGUUGAAGACUUGUGUAUGAGUGAAGAUGCAAGGAGAAGAAAUCUUCGGGAAUAUCAGUGGAACAGCUAUGCAUCUCUUCUAUGCGAUAGAUGCGAAGAGGGAGUCCCUGGAAAUUCUCUCAAUACAGAACUAUUUGUGUAUGCAGUACGAGAUGUUCUCGAAGGUGCAUUGGAAAUAUUUGAUUUCCCCGAUUUUGAAGAAUGCGUAAAUCUUAUAUGUGAGCGUAAAUGUGUCAGCGAUGAUAUAGUGUUGAAGUCCAUACACUCUCUGAAAUCAGUGGCCAAUAGCAAGGUUAUCCUAAUCGAUUCCAAGAUAUUGCUGGUUGAUAAUUCAAGGAUUAGUUUGCUCAACGACCUCACCAGGCUUUCAGUUUUUGACAACCGCAUUUAUAUCCGUCAACUGCUGCAACCUUUCUUGCUGAAUGAAAUUAUGGAUAUGGAAUCCAAAGCCAAGUUAGAUGCAGCUGGUGCAGCAGAAGCAGAUCUUUUAUUCGAGGAGGAGAAGAAAUCACAGUCAAAGAAGAAGAAAAAUAAAAGCAAAAAGAAUGAAAUUAUGAAUAUGGAAUCCAAAGCCAAGUUAGAUGCAGCAGGUGCAGCAGAAGCAGAGAAGAAAUCACAGUCAAAGAAGAAGAAAAAUAAAAGCAAAAAGAGAACUUCAACGACCAUAUCAAGUCCUCUUAAGACUGGUGAAGAUAAACCUCCUGUCAACCUUGAACCGAAAAGCACGUCUCCAUCAUUAAAAACAGUGGUAGAAGAUUUUGUGGAACCAGAUGAUGCAAGUGAAAGGCGUCAAUCGGAAAUUUCAUCCAACACUAUUAAUCAAGAGGAUGUUAUGCAAAAUCUACUUGGAGAAGAUUCACAGUCGGAACAUUCAGAGUCAGCUCUUGGAGAAGCUGCAAGCAGAUACAGUUCAGCUCUUGACAUGACACUGAAGGCACUCUUGAACAUUAAAAUGCUCAAAGAAGAUUUGAUGCAAAAUAAGCAACCAUUCCAAGACCACCUGGAAGAACACGUUCCUCCUGCACUAAAACAAUUCUUUACUGCUUUUGUGUCAGAGGAAAUAAAUAGUGAGGGAGUCUACAGUUGCCUUUUAAGCGACUUUCUUGUUUCCCUAGAAGAAUUUAUUUCCAUGGUUUCUGUGGAGCAGUCGAGUGACGCUGCUGAGGUUCUUGUAGCCAUCAUUGAGUCUUGGCAGUGCUGGAAGAAUGCUGAAAAAGAAAGCUUAGUAACUCGCCUUUUUACGUUGGAGGAAAAUGAAAGAAUGAGUUGUAGAAAAUGCAGAAAGAAACUGAAUUAUCCAGAGCAAAGUUCUAAUGGCAUUGUUCUGGCUGCAGAUUCUAUCAGAGACUUGAAGUGUGCCCUUGGGGAUGUAGAGUUUGUGGAUAUCUGUAAGGUGAUCCGCAUGGAAUAUAAAAUGUUAUGUGACAUUAAAACAGGAGGCUGUGGAAUAACAAACUUCGUACAUCACAUUAUAAGUAAAUGCCCACCUAUCUUUACAAUUGUGUUGGUAUGGGAGAAGAGUGAAACAGAAACAGAAAUUUCUGAAACAACAAAGGCUUUGGAUUGGGAGAUAGAUUUUAGCAGGAUGUACGAAGGAUUAGAACCAAACACUAACUACCGGCUUGUGUCAUUGGUUGGUUGUGGUGAAGAAGAAGAACACAUUUGCUUAGCUUAUGUAAAGAACCGUUGGGUCAAUCUCAGACGCGAUGCUUUAAAGGCAGAGAGUGUUGGUAGCUGGAAGAGUGUGGUCAGAUUCUGUGGAGAGAGAAAGGUUCGACCAGAGAUUUUGUUUUAUGAAGCUGCCACCAAAUCGAUGGCCUAUUAACAACAAUUGACUGAAUUGUAUCAAAAUGGAGAAACCCACCCAACCAACAUUGAUGUAUAAAACAUCAACAUGUUCUAAUUCAAGUGAAGGUGUGCUCUCUGUUCUAUAAUAUGUUUUGUCUUGGAAACUACAUUUUGUUCUUUUACUCAUUUGUAACGCCAAAAAAUUGGACAAUCACAUUGUUGUUAUCUGUUAUGUGUUUUUUCGUCUCAGCCAA